AUGGCAUAUACCAACGUCAACAAUCCCAUCACUAUCGAUGAAAGCGUAACGAGUUGGUACACACAAACGAUUUCCAGACAGGCACGUUCUCUCAUACCCGAUGACUUUGAGAAACUCCCAACUUUCGAGACCGUCAAGUUCAGCCAUCGCAAAAGCUUUGGUCCGAUAGUCGAUACCCAUUGGCCACAGGACGCGUCCGAGAUGGUACUUACUCUGGGUACCUUCGACGCCCCGCAUCUCAACUUCAAGCCGCUGGUCUAUGUCUACGUACAUGGAUUGAAGACCCAUUAUAUUGGGUACUUUUAUGUCAACCCAGACUCGAGCGUCUAUCGCGUGCAACAGAGCAGUCUCCAGCAUGUCGAUAUCGAUGAACCGUUUUGUGACGUCGGAGACCUCUCAGUUGGCAAGCAAACUUUGUGCAACAGAGUACGAGCGAUGGCGCUUUACUACUUCUUAGCUGCUGGUUACAUCGACGAGGUAGGUGACUACAAUCAUUUCUGGCUCGACUUUAAACAGUCUUGCGCAUGGAUCGCAAACAAGGGCAGCCGUCCAAAGCCUCACGCAGGAGUCCAGAAACAGGAACCGGAUACCGUACUAGCUUCCGCUGCGACACUAGUGCCGACUCCAGAUAGGACUGACGUAACGCACGGCACUAUCGCAUCUCAGAAACGCACCGGCGAUGAUGAACCCAUCCCAGCAGCAGCGCAAGUCAACGGCCUCACAGCGGAGAUAAGCCGAGUCAAAAACGAAAGCAUGUUCAGUCAAAAUGCGUACCGCGGCAUCCAAGUUCAACACGAUGAGCUGGCAGAACUACACGCUAAUACGCUCAACAACGCGAACGCUCUUCGCGAUCAGCUCGGUCAAAUUCAGGCACGUUGUGCACAAGCUGAGAGGCGAUCAAAGGUGCUGGAGAAGGAAGUGGAGGGUCUCAAGCAAAGGAUGAGAAGAGCGGGAGAAGCGUUGGACAUUUCGGGGUUUUGA